CGGACAGCGCCGGACGCUCGGCUGAGGCCACAACCGCGACUGAUGCUGCGUACCAGCAAGCACGCUCCGUACGCUGACUUUGGCAGAAAUCUGCUCGUCUGCUCCUGCCGCGCCGGCAUCGCGUUGAAAACGGACAUCGCCAUCGAUUUUCUUUGCUCCCUCUCAUUUGUCUAUUUGAAAUCCCUGCGGACCGUGUCGUCGCUCUUUCCCUUCCGACCCUCAGCUUGCGCUCUCCUACGCUCCUCGCCCAAUUGCGCCGUCGCACGUUGGUCCUUUCUAUAUUCCACUUGCCUGUCCUCACCCAUUUGGUCUACAUCACCGCAAAUCGCACAGAUUGCUGGCACCGCUCCAGCCUGCUCCGCACGGCGUAGCCUGUAAACCAACCGUACACGUGAAGUCGAACCACGAAAGCGCGAUGAGAUGAGAUAAUAUGUUCCCUCGCCCCUUCCCUCGAUAUCUCCGACCUUGCGCAUGGAGCUGCAACGCACUUUCCCAAUGUGCUGCACGGCCGUCCUCCGCAUUCGCGGCUUCCUCGCCGCUCCCCCAUCAGCCGCCGCCCGUGUUGCGACGUUCAUUCAGAAUCCUCGCCAUCGAAACGUCUUGCGAUGACACCUGCGUUGCCGUCUUAGAAUUGAAGGCACGUCGUGGCGCCAAGUAUCGCACUGCAAAACUGCUGUUCAACCAGCGUAUCACAUCCAACAACCUUCGCUAUGGUGGAGUACAUCCCUUGCGCUCCCUUGAGUCGCACCAAGAAAACCUGGCUCUCCUGCUUGAGAAGGCCAAGCGGAGGCGGGGAUUUAGGACGCCUGAUCUGGUUGCUGUCACCAGAGGACCUGGCAUGCGCAAUAACCUUCAGUGUGGCAUCGACACCGCCAAGGGCCUGGCCGUUGCGUGGGGAGUUCCACUCAUUGGUGUUCAUCAUAUGCAAGCUCACGCUCUUGCCCCUCGCUUGCUGAAAGCAACCAGAGCCCCCGCCAGUGGAAGCAAAACCUCGCAGCCAUCGGAGCCGAACUUUCCUUUCCUCUCUUUGCUCGUUUCUGGCGGACACACCCUUCUGGUACUAUCGCGUUCCCUCAAGGACCAUCAGAUCAUUGCAUCCACGGCCGAUAUUGCCAUAGGCGACUGUCUCGAUAAAGUUGCUCGCCAUGUGCUUCCCCCAGAUACACUCGCGAACUCUAGCACUGUGGCGUAUGGAAGUCUGCUUGAGGCCUUCGCAUUUGACUUGGAUCCAAACCCUUCCUACAGACGCAUUCCGCGGUAUGAGUACCAUCCGCCUCGCACCAUGGGAGAGGAGUACGAGAAGGGUCAAGUAAAGAACGAUUAUGGAUGGCACUUUCCCACUCCUCUUCUAACGAAAGAUGGCAAGAAAUCGCGCGCCAUGGAAUUCAGCUUUGGCGGCAUCUGUUCACACGUUCAGCGAAUCGUUUCGUUUGGUGGGACACACAACACACCAAGGGUGUCCCCCAUCGAACUGCAAGAGGCAAAAGUUCUUGCCCAAAGAGCAAUGCAGUCAGCUUUCGAACAUCUCGCUGGUCGCGUAGUUCUUUUCCUUGAAUCACUGGCUGCAGCGGAGGUGUCUGUUCCCAACAAAAGAGCAUCGAGUGGAAAUAUGCCCCAACAUCUUGUACUUGGGGGAGGAGUCGCGUCCAAUGGCUACCUCAAGCACAUUUUGCAAAAAUAUCUCUCUGCGCGAGGGUUCUCAAAGGUCAAGUUGUGUUUCGCCCCGCAGUCGCUCUGUGUUGACAAUGCGGCCAUGAUCGCAUGGACUGCUGCCGAGAUGGUGGGCGCCUAUACUGCCGAUCAGGACUUCAGGUUGGAGAUGGAUGACGCUAGUUCAAGCCUGUCUAUGCGUGCGAUACGUAAGUGGAGUCUAGAAAAUCUCCUCACGCCUGAAAAGGAGUUAGAGAGAGAGAUGCGGGAAGAAAGAGAGCGAGAUGAACGCCAGAAGCAAAAGACUCCUAUGACGGCAUGUACGACCGCAGAGCAAUCAAAUGUUGAGAACACAACGUCGCAGUCUAUGCAGCCUUGCCAAGACACUCUACUGGCGGAUCUGGGCCAUCCUGUCAAUUCUCAAGCCUUGAGCGAGAAGAGUCGUCUUGGCUUGGUAACGAACAACUAUCCAACAACUUCGGCUGAGCUGUCAAAUAUUUUAAGUUCUUUGCGAGCCGAACCCCAAAAAUAAAUCGUGAAAAAAAUCCACCCGCUUCCGAAACUGACCAGUUGGGUGGUAAGAUGUCGAAUCGCUUGAUAUUCUCACUGCACCAGCAGUUAUUUCGUCCCCGUCUUUGCUUGCGAGCUGUCCAACAGCUUGCAAGACUUACAAUCAAGACGGAAAAGCAGCGGCGAAAGGUCUUUGGAUGUAUUCAAAGAAACAUAUAUCUAAGGAGAAUAAACACGAUUUAGACUAGGGUACAUGUAAGAUUCGAUGUGAAUCAAUAGAUCAGCUUCGUUAUGUCAAACGUGAUCCGGUUAUCUAGAUGCAUACAUGGUGUAGUCUUAAAUUGGCCACCGAGGGCUUGCAGUUCGAUAAAUGGGGAUGCAUUUGAUGAGCCUCAUAUUUGACUUCGCUAUAUAGAGUACCUGGGCUCAAAUGCGAAACAAGGAAUUCAGAAGAUGGUAAGACGAGAUUCCGGAGGUUCGAAGCUUUCCGUUAGCCUACCUAGAAGCUCAAUGUUGCAC